AUGAUAUCUUAUAGUGGUCCGUUUUGUAAACCAUUAUCAGUUCAACUUAAUCAAUCCACUCCUUCUCCAUUUGCCAACCCACCCAACCUAUCCAAAUCGAUCUAUUCAUCACCACUGAAAUCUUCAAGCAGAUCAUCACACCAUCGGAUCCAAAACAUAUCCACUUCAUCAUCUGAGGAAGAAGAAGAAGACGGAGAAGAAGAAGAUAGUGAAGAAGAGAAAUGGCCGAUUCGUAAACAAGAUCCGUCUAGAUAUCAGUCAACAAGUUAUCUUGUGCCUGAUCAUGAUAGUUUACAAGUAUGGGAUCAAGAAGGAAGACGAUCAACUUAUUUGAUAUCGAUGAAAAAGACAUCCGAAAGAAGAAAACAGUUUGAAGAGAUCCAUCAUAAGACGAUCCAACGGGUAAAUGAACGUCAAGAAGCAGUGUAUGAAGAACAGAUGAAUGAGUUGAGUAAAGUCUUGGAACAAAUCGAGUUGGAUCAGUCUAGAGAGAUACGUACUAUAAAGGAAGGAUUCGAAAGAAGAGAAAGAGAUCGGUUAAAGGUUUUUGAUGAAUUGAUUAGGAAAGCAGAAGAGAUUGAAAAAGAAGAAACUCUUAGGGUUUUUAAGAUUAAACAGGAAGAAGCAGAGAAGAAAGCUCGAGAAGAAAGACAAGCUGAGGAAGAAAGAAACCGAUCUGAAGUACAGGCUAGGUUGGAAAAAGAUCAACUUAGACUGAAAAACGAACUCGAGUUGAGGAAAAAAGAGGUGAUGGAAAAGAAACGGAUUGAGAAAGAUUUAGAGGAUUCAUUGGAUCGGAAUCAGAAGGAUUCGUUGAAAGAGAAUUAUAUGAAAUGGUACAGAGUUAUUGAACAGAUCAAACAAACUGUACUGCCGAAUGUGUCUUCCAACGAAUCAUUCAAAACGAUCUGUAGACAAGCCAAAAGAAAGAUCACACUUAAAGUAGGACAACUAACAAAUUCAUCUAAACAAAUUCAAAAAGUCAUUAUCGAAUUAGGUGAAGUACUUCAACAAACCAAACAAUCUGAUUUGAACGUCUACAUUUGGGCAUGUAAUCAUCUCUCCAAAGCUCUCAUCAAACAAUCCGAAACAGAAGUAACAGCCAAACCAAGUACAGUCUAUCCAUUAUCGAGAGUAGUGAUCGGAUUAAUUUUAAUAGGAUAUCCUGAACUAGGACAAGUGAUGAUGGCCAGAAUCGUAAAGAAAUGUUAUUUUGUAACAUCUCAUCGACCGAUUAAAUUCGAGACUGAAUCAGAUGAAUUGUAUGGCAAACGAUUAGGGUAUUUGGUUGGAGGUGGAAGGAAGAAUGAUGAAGGACUCGUUCAUGGAUAUAAAUGA